UGUGGCCAUAUUUGAGACUCGGGUUUAAAACGUGAUAGAGCGACACCUUAUGGUUAAGCAGGGAGCUGUACUCUGCUUUGGAGGACGGACGUCGAAGACAAACUUGCAGGCUGUUUGCAGGAGCCGUAGAAGUUUUAAUCCAAAAAUGGCAACACAGGAGGAAUUCUUCUCGGGCAUUCCGAAGAUCCCAUACUUACCGAGUGCUGGGCCUGGAGAUGUCAUGUGCUUCAAACACUACAAUGCAGAAGAGGUGCUGAUGGGGAGGAAGAUGGAGGACUGGCUGAGGUUUUCAGUCUGCUAUUGGCACUCCUUCUGUGGCACUGGAGCUGAUCCUUUUGGGUCUCCGACCCUCCACCGGCCCUGGAAUGAAGGAACUCCUAUGGAAUCAGCCAAGAAGCGACUGCGGGCUGCUUUUGAGUUUUUCACCAAGCUUGGUGUGAAAUACUACACAUUUCAUGACAGGGAUAUGGCUCCUGAGGGCUCCACUCUGGAGGAGUCCAACAGGAAUCUGAAUGAAUUAACAGACCUGGCUCUCCAGCUGCAGAACCAGACUGGAAUCAAGGUGCUGUGGGUCACCUGCAAUCUCUUUGCCCACCCAAGGUAUAUGAAUGGUGCAGCCACCAACCCUGACUGUCAUGUUCUGGCCUAUGCUGGCGCUCAGGUUAAGAAGGGACUUGAUACUGCCAAGAAGCUGGGUGCAGAAAAUUUUGUGUUUUGGGGAGGAAGGGAAGGCUUCCUUUCCAUCCACAAUACUGAUGUUGCUGCUGAACUGAAGCACAUGGCCAACUUCUUCAACAUGGCUGUCAAGUACAAAGAGAAGAUUGGGUUGAAGUGCCAGUUUCUUAUUGAACCUAAGCCUAAGGAGCCCUGCAAGCACCAGUAUGACUAUGAUGCAAUGAGUGUCAUGGGAUUCCUUAAGCAUUAUGGUCUGGAGAAUGACUUUAAGUUGAACAUUGAGCCCAACCACACCACCCUGGCAGGACACUCUUACGAACAUGAUGUUGUCAUGGCUUCUGCCUUUGGCAUGCUGGGUUCAGUUGACGCAAACACCGGCUCUCCAGACCUGGGCUGGGACACAGACCAGUUCCCCAUGGACAUCAGGAACACCACCUUGGUCAUGAAGACCAUCGUUGAACAAGGUGGUCUGCAGCCAGGAGGCCUGAACUUUGAUGCUAAGGUGCGCCGGGAGUCCACAGACCUGGAGGACCUGUUCAUCUCUCACAUCGGAGCCAUGGACUCCUUCGCAAGAGGACUCAGAAAUGCUGUUUGCAUUAUUGAGGACGGGCUCCUCGCUGGUAUGGUGAAGGAGCGAUACUCAAGCUACAGUCAUGGCAUUGGAAAGAAAGUGGAGGAAGGUUCCGCCUCCUUUGAGGAAAUGGAGGCCUUCAUCAAGCAGAACGGGGAGCCGAAAGUGACUUCAGGGAAGCAAGAAAAACAUGAAUGCAUUUUUAAUCGUUACAUAUAAUAGAAACAUCACUCUCCUGUGUCUGCAUAGGACAUACUAAGCUUUGACACAGAUAGAAGCUGUCCUGCAUGGCGCAGUGGUGAAACACAUCAGAGUGUCAGUGUCAGAAAGGUAGAGAGCUGUAUUCAUCCCACUGGGGUUGCAGUUGUUCCACUAACUAAAAAAGCACCCAUAAAGAUACUAAAUACUGCAAGCAAAAAGCUGAAAUGUUAAAAUAUCCUUGACAGACUAACUGACAGACUUAUUCAACAUAACAUGUUGGGAAUCUGUGUAUCUGUAUGUAUUUGUAGUGCUAUUGACAUAUCAUCUAGUGUUUGAUACACUGAGAGGCUAUAUUCCUAUUAGCUGAGGACUACUGUUCACUGUGUAAUAAAACACAUUCACAAUGCAGUUAA